AUGACGAGCACUAUCGUUUGUUUCCUAUUGCUUUUCAUAUCACGCAUUGUAUUGGGCGUAGCAACACCUCCACAUAUAGUGCUCAUAGUUGUGGACGAUCUUGGAUGGAAUGACGUUGGGUAUAACAAUCCUGUAUUGAAUACCCCUACAAUUGACAGACUGGCUGGCAACGGAGUGAAACUUCUAAAUUACUAUGUCGCAAACCACUGUGUACCAUCAAGGAAUAUGUUGAUGACUGGGAGACAUGCGAUACACUUGGGUCUGGGAUCUGGUGUAAUAGGAUACCAUCCUCGAGGUCUGCCCUUAGAUGAGACUACUUUAGGAGAAAAACUGAAAACAGCAGGUUAUUCUACACACAUAAUUGGCAAAUGGCAUUGUGGAUUUUUUUCUGACAGAUACCUCCCACAUAACAGAGGAUUUGACACAUUUUUUGGUUACCUUGGUCCAGGGAUAGACCAUUAUACAUACAUUGAACGAAAUAUGCCAAAUCUCAGAAAAAAUGAUGUUUGUGUAGUAAGCCAAUAUGGUGGUAAUUUUUCUACAUUUGUGUAUGCAACGGAAGGAGUGGACAUUAUCAAUGCGCAUGAUCAGAGUAAACCACUGUUUCUGUACCUGUCCUUUGCCUUAGUGCACGCGCCUCUGCAGGCCCCAGAGUCAUACGUGAAGCAAUACGAGACAACCAUACUGAACGAGGAUAGAAGAAUAUUUGCCGGGAUGACGUCAUGUGUGGACGAAGCUAUAGCGAAUAUCACCCAUGCACUAGAGAGGAAUGAUAUGUUGAAAAACAGUGUGAUUGUUUUUACUUCUGACAAUGGUGGGGCAAUAGCAAAUUCUGCAGGUAACAAUUGGCCUCUGAGAGGAGGAAAGGGUUCGAACUGGGAAGGCGGUGUGAGAGCAGUUGCAUUUGUUUAUAGUGAUUUGUUGCCCCAGGAAUCACGUGGUACUGAAAACACUGGGUUGAUGCACAUCACUGACUGGUUUCCGACAUUAGUAAAAUUGGCGGGUGGCAAUCCAUAUGGAAAGAAGAAGCUAUACGGUGUUGAUCAGUGGAAUAUGAUCUUAGGAUUGGAUAAAUCCCACCGAGGCGAUGUGUUGAUUACACUGGAGUCAACAACGCACGCUAAUAUUCAUUAUAAAACUGGCUUGUUCGUAAAUAAUGCCUUUGAUAUAACAACAACAGCGGCUAUUAAAAUGGGAAAGUGGAAACUACUGACUGGAAGCCCUGGCUUUACAUAUGACAAUUAUUGGUUUAAUUCCGACCAACAAGCUAUUGAAGAUCCUGACUAUGACGUAAGACGUCUUGUUCGUCUGUACAACUUAGAUGAAGAUCCUAAUGAAACAACUGAAAUAUCAGAUCAACAUCACGAUAUU